CUGGAUAAGAUGGGACGUUACAUCUGCCGGCGAUGCUUUAAAUACAAAAAAUUAUCAAUUUGUGCCAUAACAAUAUUGUUUUUGCAGUUUACAAUGUUUUAUAUGUUCAGCUUUGAUAAGGACUUCCGUGAUGGCAAAAUUGGAAACAAGAAUGGAAAAGACCCACCUGACCCUGUAAAAGUUCAGCGGACAUUUACACAGACAUUAGAUAAUCAUUUUAAAGACAAUAAUAACACCAUCGACAUACCACUAGCUUAUUCCCCAAAGUGUGUCAUUUCUGGCAAGGAAGCUAUGUCAGCCAUCAACCGCUCAAAAACACCGGGAUGUAAGCAAGAGAUUGCAGAUGUCUACUGCCUAGCCGAGGAAGGCAAACUUUACCCAAGCAGUCUUCCAAACAAUUGUCCAUUUAAAGGCACAAACAGUAAAGGCCAGUACCUAGGUUGUUACAGUGACAGUAUGCAUGCACGUGACUUAAGGUUUAUCAAAGAAUUUCCAGAGGACAAUUCACCGACCAAAUGCACAAACUUUUGUUUACUUUUAGGGUAUGUUUAUGCUGGUUUACAGUACAGUAAAGAGUGUUGGUGUGGGAAUCAUUAUGGAACACACCAAAAGGAUGAGGGAGGAAAGUGUAGUAGUCAUUGUCCAGGCAACCCAGAACAAAAAUGUGGUGGAUACCUGGCCAACAGUGUCUACAGCACUGGUCUUAGUACUAAAAUACUUUCCGAAGCAUCCUUAGUAUCAGAAGAGGCACAAUUAGAGAUGCAAGAUGAGAUGGUGAAAAUUGUGUUUGUUUUCACCGUGAAUGGACGAGCUGUUCGACAGAUCCGUAGACUGAUUAAGGCUGUAUAUCAUCGUGAUCAUUACUACUACAUACAUGUUGAUAAGAGGCAAGAGUACCUAUUCCGAGAGUUACUUCCCCUUGAAAAACAGUUUUCAAACAUCCACCUGGCACGUACACGGUUUGCAACAAUUUGGGGAGGGGCAAGUCUUCUUCAGGCCCACCUCCAUUUUCUACAGGAACUGCUAGCCAUGAAGGAUUGGAAGUGGGACUAUUACCUCAAUCUGAGUGAGAGUGACUAUCCAUUGAAGCGGUUGAAAGCAUUGGAGCUAUUCUUAACCAAACACAAAGGUUAUACAUUCCUGAAAUCUCAUGGCAGGGAAACAAUGCGGUUUAUACAGAAACAGGGAUUGGAGAACACCUUUUUGGAGUGUGACAACCACUUGUGGAGGGUAGCACGCCGAACAUUUCCCGCUGGUUUUCGUCUGGAUGGAGGUAGUGACUGGGUCGCUCUCCAUCGGGAAUUCAGUGUCUAUGCCUCACAAUCAAAGUCUAAGCUGGUAUCUGGUCUAAAGCAGGUGUUCAAAUACACACUACUUCCAGUAGAGUCUUUCUUUCACACGCUGAUCCACAACAGCCCAUUCUGUGACAAGUGUGUUGACAAUAACUUACACAUGACCAACUGGCGUAGACGAAAGGGCUGUAAGUGUCAGUAUAAACACAUUGUCGACUGGUGUGGCUGCUCUCCCAAUGAUCUCAAGUCCAGUGACUUUGACAGACUCCUGGCCUAUGAGCAUAGGCCUAUAUUCUUUUCAAGAAAGUUUGAAGCCAUUGUCAACCAAGAUAUCAUCAACAGUUUGGACAUCUACCUUUUUGGAAAGACAAACGAAGAAAUGAGUGACCAUUACUGGCAAAAUGAGUACCACCACUUAGAUGUAAAUACAAAAAAGAAAGAUGAACACCAUUCUUUCUACAUGUCCUUUCUCCGACGAGCAGCUAGUGACCUUGAACUUCAAGCUCAAUGUCGUAUUCGUCCACAAAAACUGCUGGAGGUGCAUCUUCUGUAUAUCCGUGACCAUUUCAGUGGAGUUCUUACUCUCUACGAGGCUUUGGAUGAAAACACCAAAAAUAUUGUAACCAUGGAGACACAUGUGCAAUGGGUGAAAAGUUACUCUGUGAUAAAACCAGUAGGAGCAAUCGGAAGACUUAUAAGUCUUGAGGUUGGAACUGAGUUUGACUUGAAAGAAUUGAUAUUUAGAAAUUAUGCCCAGCUUUUAGGGCCUUACAGUGACCUUGCCUUGCGACAUGUUUGGGGUCAAGGUAAAGAAGUCACAGUCUCCAUAGCAUGGAUCGAUCCCGCCAACAUCGUAGCAGCAUCUUACGAAGUGACUGUACCAAAAUCAAGUGUUGAAUAUGUAGGUAAUCACAAACCACAAUUAUCAGUCCCUCUGCGACCUGGGGUGUGGACUGUGAAACUGAUGCACCACUGGACCAUUCUCGCAGAAACAAAAUUUCUUGUUAUUCCUCUCACAAUGUUGAAUGGCCAACCUAUUAAUCCAGUGGAAGCAGAAUUAUCUCAUGGUGGGCCAAAGGAAUUUUACGCAUCAAAGGACUUCUCAGAAUUCAGGAAUGUCCUGAAAAUUAACGCAUCCAACUUGUUUUUAAAUGAAGCUAUAUCUAAUAGUAAAAAGACAGGAACCGCUUUGGAAUCUUGGAUUGACAAUUUAACAGAGGAAUUCUGGUCAAUACAAUCCACUUGCUCUAUUGAUGCAGAACACUGUCCUCAAAUUGACCUUUGUGAUACAACUUCUUGGAGUUCAAGGUCACCCGAUCCUAAAUCUGAAAUCCGAACCAUGGAUGUUCAUACAGGGCACUUGGUCAGCUGACGUGACAACUAAGUUUAGAUUUACAAGCAAAUUGCUGUGAUAUAUUUAGUUCUAAUAAUUGUUUGUGUAACUAGAAAGACAAAAAUUCAUAAAUAUAAUGUAUUUUAUUUCCUUUACAGUUCAAUGAAGGUAGUUUAAAUCAUAAAAUUUCCCUGAGUAAAAUAUCGUAAUUUUAUAACUUUUCUCUUGUUAUGUUGACUAAGAAAUUUAUACCAUUUUAACUACAGUAAAAAACCAAAUGUUAGUUAGCGUAUAUACAGUAUACUGUUUAUAUGAUAUUCACAGAAAUGUCAUUAAAUAGAACAUUUUCUUUUUCUAACUGCAAUAUUCAAGUUAAUAUAUGACAGAAACAAAUCAAACUUUUCUAAAUUGAAGAUUAAAUUUCAAGCCUAAGAAUAUUUGAGUUCAGAAAACAAACCUGAAACAUUAGAAUAUUUCAGUUCAGAAGAUAAACCUUGAAUAUCAUCAUUAAUUGGAAUGUUAAAUGUGCAAUGGUAUAAUUAUAAUGGAGUAAUUCCAACAGAUUUAAACAGUGAGGGUAUAUUGUUGGGUGUUAUUUUGUUAUAUCAUGAAAUUAUAUAAGUAACUGCUUUAAAUAUACAGUAAAACCCCACUUACUCAAACUUGCAUUACUCAAAUACCCCAUAAUCGUCUAACUGUUUGCUUGGUCCCAACAAUGUCCUUGUAUAUUUUUACAUUAACGUUGGAUACCCCAUAUUCCACAAACUAAUAUUUGUCUGCAUAAAUCCUACCUCGUCAAACAGGUGGUCACCCGUCAAUUUUUACCUGUGUUACACAUAGUGGCUUGAUUACCAGUACACACAUUCACUACCAUCUUUUCAUUCUAAUUAUGAUUUUAUGGAUAAAUUUCUUUUAAGUUUGUAUGAAUUUGCUGUACAAUCAGAACCUUUUAUUUUUGUGUAAAAACAAAAUUACGGAAUGUCGAUAUUAAGGGAAGGUAAUAGAGGAUUAUGCGCAACAGUGGUCACUUAAUUUUUAAUAUCGGAAAACAUUUGCACUUAUUUUUUUUGUGAUUCCGUCAGUUCAGAUCAACCAUGUUCUAGUAAGCUUUUGCAAUAUUUUGAGCAAAUUGUUUUCUUGGAACUGGAUGACUGAAUCAUUCAGGUUAAAUAUUUGUUUAAAUAAUCAAAUGUAGUCAAAUCUUUAUAUUUUCCCUUUUUUACUACAGUAAUUAAAAAACCAUGAUAAAUCACAACUAUCGGUGACAUUACCGAGUAGUCAUUCAUUGAGUGUAAUGUAACAUACAUACAAUUAGUACCGUACCUAUAAUGGUAUCGGACUAACCUCCGAUAACUUGAAUACCUCGUAUUCCUCGAUCUAUUAACAUGGUCCCUAGCAGUUCAAGUUAGCAGGGUUUUACUGUAUUUCAUCUUUAGCUUCAUAGUCUAAAUACAAGAGGACUGCUUCAAUGUGGCCAUUCUGCAGCAUUAACAUGUCUGGUCAUAACCUACAUGUAUCUAUACUUAGUGUUGUAAAGGCUCAAUAUGUGAAAAAGGCCUUGUAAUCAAUUUUAUUGUUUACAUGUAGAUAUCAUAGUUGCAAGCUUAUAUUCUAUGCUUUGUUUAAGAUUAAAAUGUAUAUAUCUGAUCCAAAGUAAUGAAAUACCCAGUGAUUCCAAUAUUUUUCAUGAAUUCAGCCAUGAUGUAGCCAAUAUCAGGUUGGCCUGAUAAAAUUGUGUGUGUGGGAGAUACUACUGCUUUAUAUUGUCAGCAAGUCAAUUUAUUACUACUCAUUGUUAUUACAUUUAUCGUGGUGCUUUUGGAAAUAAUUUUAUCUGGAGUCAAAGUUUUCCUAUUGGUGGUACUUGAAUUAUUUACACAACUGAUGCUGGGCGUCAAUGAUGUGUGGUUGUCAAUAUUUUGUUCUUGUAUUUAGCUUUUGUGCAAAGUCAUAUCUAACUGCUUGUAACUUCACAAAUCCACCAUUUUGGAUUAUUUGAUGAUUGUUGAAGUUCAGUUUAUACUUUAUGUUUUAAUGUACAUGUUUAAUUUAUUAGUGCUUUAUACAGAUCUGUACUUGUCUAAAAGAAAAGGUAUGGAAUUUUGUCACGAAAAGUACUUUGAAUGUUUCAGUGUAAAAACAAUGUGAAUUUAAUCAAAAUAAGAAUUACAGAUUUACAUCAAGGACAUUUUUUCAACAGAGACAAAAAAUGUAUAUCUGUGCUUAUCAGCAAAAUCAUUGUAAUGAUAAUUUACUUAAUUAUUUUUCAGAUUAAUUUUGAGUAUUUUGUAUGGCUUGUCUGUUUUUGAUGAAUGAAGUAUUAUCCUUGAUUCAUUAAUCUAGGAUUGUUCUAAAUAAUUGCAUUUAUUUUGUGAAAAAAAUAGUUUGUCAAUGUAAAGCCAGAAUGUAUUUGUGUAAUUGUAGGCAUAAUCAAAUUGUGGCAUGUAAAAAUUUGUUAAAGAAAAAAAUAUCAACACUGUACAUAUUUUUAUAAUUUUUAUAUUUAGAUAAUUUAGUUGUCUGAUGUUAAUUGCUGAUGAUAGUCUUUAAUUGUAUAGCAUGUGUUUUUUUCUACAAUGUGAGAAAAAAGAAAUGAUAAUCCAUUUUAUCUACUUAAGUGAAUGAGAUAAUGAGUUAUGUUAAUAUUUUCCAUUCCAAAAAUCAAGAAUUGAAGAUCAAAAGAUUUUUAUGACAUGUACUUUGUAUUUUGCCAGAUGAACAAUUUUGCGUGUCCAGUUGAAAUGGUUACACUAGUCAAACCUGAAAGAAACUGACAUAAACACAUCACUGAUCUCUUUGGACACUUGAAAGUGGCCGUAUACGAAAAACAUUUACACAUUCUGGGGUGGGAAUAAAUCACCAUCACCUAGCACAGGGAGUUGGCACGAGUUUCCGACCAACUGUUCCAGGUACUGUAUAUGUACUACAUGUAUCCUGUUUAUGGAUCAUGGUUCGGGAAUUUGUGCUAAGUCCCUGUGUCACCCACCAUUUUACUUGAAUCUUGAUUUAACAGGGCGAGGGGCACCACGGUAGGUGCCACAUGUGGUAGAGGAAAUAUUUGUCCAUUAUACCUUGUUUAACUUCCUAUCUCUUGUGUGUCGAUUCAUACAACUUUUCUUGUUUGUUUCGAUGUUUUCAGUGUGUGUAUCAUCUUUUUGUGUAUUGACAUUGACUUCAUGUAUACAAUAUUUUAUAGCAGUUUACUGUUGUGUGGUAUGUUUACCAAAGUCAUUUGUAAAUGAAUAUAUUUGCGCAUGAUACAAGUCAAUGAAUUCCAAAAUCCAAAAUCAAUCAUCCCAUCUUAUCAAAUGGGAAAUUUGUAGUCAUUUUUGAUAAUAUGUGAUAAAUGUUGACUAUAUGUUAUUUAAACAUUGCUUUUAUAAUAUAUUUAUUUUGUUUAAAAAACAGCAUGACUGCCAAAGUGUAACUGCCCUCUAGAUCCUAUAAACAAGAUUUACAAUUGUUUUAAUACACUUUACUUUGUUGA